AUGAUAGUUCACUUUGUAGUUCUAACUGUUGAUAAGAAAAAUAUGAGUUGUAGAUUUUUUGGCGACUCCUUCGCCGACACCGGUAAUUUGGUCAUGUGGGCUGAUCCCGUCCUUCCGAGUCUACUACUCAAGAACCUUCCCUACGGCGAGACCUUCUUCGGCCACCCCACCGGACGUGCCACCGACGGCCGCCUUGUGCUGGACUUCAUCGCCGAAGCUCUGGGUCUGCCUUUCGUGCCGCUGGACCUUGACAAGGAAGGCAACUUCUCCGCUGGAGUAAACUUCGCCGUGGCAGGAGCGCCGGCUCUAACCCUGACAUACCUGCAGGGACAGAAUUUGAUCAUGAACCCUCCUAUCAAUAGUUCCCUCCAUGAUCAGCUCGUGUGGUUCCAGAAACUCAAGCCUUCGCUCUGCAAGGGACAAGGUACUGAUUGCUUCGGGAGCUCCCUGUUUGUCAUGGGAGAGUUUGGAGCAAAUGACUACAGGAGCUUCCUUCUGUCCAACAGGACUGUGGAACAAGCCACAACUUAUGUUCCCCAAAUCGUUGACAGCAUCUCCCAAGGCAUAGAGAUACUGAUCCGGCAGGGCGCCAAGUACAUCGGUGUGCCAGACAUCUUCCCACUUGGUUGCGUACCCACAGUGCUCACAAAGCUUGCUAGCCCAAACAAGGUGGAUUACUAUCGAAACGGAUGCCUGAAGAGUGCGAACAGGCUGGGGCGCUACCACAACUCUCUCCUCCGCCAGCGGAUCAAACUGCUCCGGCACAAGUACCCCCAUGUGAAGAUCAUUGCCGCUGAAUACUACCGACCCGUCCUUGCGUUUCUAGAUAUGUCGGGGCAUUUUGAUGAGUUGGUCUUUUCUGGACUGAACAACAGCACAACCCUCCUCGCCUGUUGUGGUGCCGGAGGACCUCCUUAUAACUACGACUUCGACUCAGAGUGCGGGCGGCCGGGUGUGAUGGCGCGUGCAGAUCCAUCUCAGGCCCUUCAAUGGGAUGGUUUCCACCUCACGGAGUCUGCCUACAGGGCCGUUGCCAAUGGGUGGCUCCAUGGCCCCUAUGCAAAUCCACCGAUAAUGCAAGUCGCACGCCCAUAAUUAUUUGUUUCCUACUGGCCUAAAACACAUGUGUACUAGAGUUGAAAAUUCAGAUCCACGGACAUGGGUAAAUUUAUGUCUCUAUAUAUGUAUUAGCUUGAAGCAAUUACCCAUUAAAUAUCUAGAUGUGAGUAGUGAGACCCAAUA